ACGGCCCUGCCUAUCCGCUACUCCAGAUUGACGUCACAGGGUCUGACGUCACGUGCAAUUCAAAUUAAGUCAAUCGCUGACAAAAGAGAAUUUGAAAAUGAAGAUUGUAUUAAUCCUUGCGGUUUUGUGUGGUCUGACAGUCCACAUGUAUUCUGCGACAUGUCCACGAAAACAACUGGUUAGUUGUGCCUACGUUUCUGCCCAGCUGCGCGGAAAACAACCGGAAGAAGUGGUGCGAAACAAUGCUGAGAAUGGCGUUCUGUGCAAGUAUGUGGAUCCUUAUACAUUAUGCCUAAGGAAUGGCUGUCUUCAUUCUGAUCAGCCCAAACAAAAACUACUGAUGAUGCUUGCUGCUAUGUGCGGUAAUAAAGGUCAUAUGGAUUCUUAUUUAAUGUGUCCAAGUUCACAAAAGAAUGUGUGUAACAAACUUGUUGAGAAGAUGAAAGCAGUAUACAACUUGCCCCAUGUCUCGAUGGAGGCAGAAUUGGCCAAGAAUAAAACUAUGUGCAUAAUGCUCAGACCUUUUGCAACAUGUAUCAAGAAUGGUUGUGUUACCGACGAAAAGGCUAACUCAGUGCAUAUGUUUGUAGUUUCAUCUCUAUGCACUCAGGAAACCAAACAAGAUAACCAGUGCAGUGCAGUGCCGGAGUGUACCAGGGCAGUUUCAUCUGUGAUGCGAAUCGCAAUGCUCCCGAGGAGGCAGUUAACACGACAGGCAGUUAGGAGUAGCGUUGGACUCUGCGAUUCUCUUAAAGACAUUUACACAUGCCUCGAUCUUGGUUGUAAACAGAGUGCCGAUUGGGAUCGUGAACAAUUACAAAGAGUAUUGGAAUACUGCACUAGGGGAGGUCUUCCCAACUCAUUUAUGCCUGCUUCGUUUGCCACCAGCGCCACCGCGUCCGUCUUUUUAGUGCUCCUUGCUGCCAUGGCAUUGGUCUUCCAGUAGAUUUAUUGGACAGAAGACGUUUACUUCGUCUUUUUCCGAGGCAUGACAGACGUCCGCUUAGACUGACCUGAGGCCUCUCUCAACCUUACAGCAAACGUUUCUUUACUUUUGCCUAUCUAUAUCUCUCUCUUCUCGCUCUUAUAUUUUGUAAUUAUUUAAUUAUUUUAAAAUUACUAAAUUCAUCAGGACGUACAAUAACACCUGUACAGUAUUCUGGUUAUAAUAUCUUAAUGUUAAUAUUACUGUUAGCUCUUCUUUAUAGAAAUAAAACUGGUUUUGCCAUU